AUGAAGAAGUUGAAGAGGAACAUGAGCUGCCUGAGUAAUGAUCCCUUCCUCUCCCAGCUGGGGGGCUCCUUCCUGCUGGGUGUGGGCGUUUGGGUGCUGGUGGACCCGAUGGGCUUCAGGGACAUCGUGGCGGCCAACCCGCUCCUGUUCACCGGGGUCUACGUCAUCCUGGUCCUGGGCGGCAUGCUGUUCCUGCUGGGCUUCCUGGGCUGCUGCGGAGCCAUCCGGGAGAACAAGUGUCUCCUGCUCUUUUUCUUCAUGCUCAUCCUCUUCAUCUUCCUCGCCGAGCUGGCAGCUGCCAUCCUGGCGUUCCUCUUCAGGGAACACUUAACCAGAGAGUAUUUCAGCAGGGAGCUGAAGCGUCACUACGUAGGACACAACAACACCGACGUCUUCACAUCCACGUGGGACGCCAUCAUGACCACGUUCGACUGCUGUGGCGUAAGUGGGCCCGAGGACUUUGAGGAGAGCCUCUUCAGGCUCCUCAGCCCCAGUAAGAUGGUCCCCGAGGCCUGUUGCCAGAGGAACAGUUACCCCGGAGACGUCAGCGUGGAGCAGUGUGUGAGCGGCGGCAUGGUCUUCAGACACGACAAGGGCUGUUACUCUGCAGUGGUGGACUACUUUGAGGCGUACAUUUACACAGCGGGAGCUCUGGCCAUCGUGGUGCUGACAAUUGAACUCUUCGCCAUGGUGUUCGCCAUGUGUCUGUUCAGAGGCAUCCAGUAACCGCUGCGUUGGCACGCACCAUCACCAGCCGUCGGACAGGCACAAGCAGAAGGAAAAACUGUAAAAUAUGGAAUGCAUUUUGUACAGUGAAAGUUUACGUGUCUCAUUGGUUUUGUGACAUUAUUUUGUACUUCUUAGCAGCAGCAGCAGCGGGGGGGCGUUUGAGGUCCUGCUGUAGACACACACAGGAAGUAAUCCACCACCUGAGGAGGAGGUUCGGUGAUGUCCGCUCUGUUUUUCUCAAAGGUUUAGGACUACCACGGGUGCUAAGUCAGGUUCUUCAAGCUAAACACUGAGGGCAGACCCAUUAAUAGAUGGCCACUUCAGUCCAGGACCAGUCUGUGUCCUGGUCCCAAAGCUGGAAACACUCAAUCUAUCGCCCUAUUAUAACGUUGAUGUGGCCGUGAUGAUUGAUUUAGAGGGUCUUGGAGGGUCUGCACAACACAGUUCAGGUACAACAUGCGCAUGUUAUCCCACAGCGAGCAUCAGAAAAGACAAAGCUGUCAGGGUUACAACAGAAAUGUGAAUCAACAGUGGACGUGAGAUGCUUCAUGGGCCUCAUGCAAGAACGUUUUUUGUAUUCUCAUCAUCUUUCUCUUUUUACCGCGAGGUUU